AUGGACUUAGAGGUCAAAGGAGUGGCUGCAUCUAGGAACCAACCUCGCCUAUUUUCUCAACGAAAGAAUUCACUACAACAAGGAUGGACUUCCAGAUCAUGGGCAAUCCCGAAUCCCUGUCUACCUGUGGUCCCGCCACUUGAUUUGGGAAGCCUUGUUGACUCUGAUGAAGAGGAUAAUUUUUCAGGAGCACCAUGUGGUACAAUGCACGCUCAUGUCAAGCCACCACAGUUACCUUCCACUCUGGCUUGGAUUACACCAUGCCAAAGACCAUAUACACGGUAUCAUCUGAACGAAGUGGAACAGGACACCAUCCCAGAGGACUUGCCAGCACCCACAGGCAAGUACAAGCAGAAAUAUGAGCAAUAUGAGGCUGAAAUGAAGGAGGGCUACAAACAGCACAUUCAGAGAACCGCAGAAAAGGCGAAAGCUACCAGCAGGCAAGACCCAGCAGGAAACAAGAUGAACGAGAAGUGCGAUCAGGGGGAAGAAGCCUGCGUGGAUGACCUUCUGACUUUGGAUAGGAAAGCCCUCCUGCAGCAAGGUUAUGCGGAUAGCCCUCACCAAGUAAGGAGCAGCUCGAGGAAAUCAGAUGCCGAAACCGUGGCAGCAGAGAAGAAGAAGCAAAUGGUUAUGGAGCAAAUGAUGAUAGACCACUUGUCCAGGGCUGUCAUCAGUGAUCCAGAGCAAGGUUUAAACACUGGGGAACAAGAGAGUGCUCAUGUCCCUCCAGACUCAGAGAGGGCGCCACUUCGAGUUAGGAGACGAACUCUGCAUGAAACGAAGAUAAGAACCACCUCCACAUUAACAGAGAAUGACCUUUCUCAGAAGGUAGAAUUUGAUGGGAGGGUCUUAUCAAGAAAUGGACGCGAUGCCUGCAGAGAACUGAUCGGAUUUUUCUUUAUCCACGACCAGUCCCUAACUGUGUAUGAAUAUCGAAAGUUCGGGAAAAACAGAACAAAUGUGCUUCCUUUCAUUAAGAAAGACAUUUAUAGUCAUCAGUGUGGACGCAGAAAAGGGAAGCAGUACCGGCUCGGCGACUUCUAUACUGGUGCAACUUUGACAUUUUUGAGCUGUGAUCAUCCCAGCCUUCCAAAGAGCAUAAAAGAAAGUACAUUAUUUAGACUUCGAAUUACAAAUAUUGAUCAGAUAUCUUUGAGUUCUCUGAAAGCUGCCUCUGAGGAACACGAGGAAGACACGGCCAGUCAGGAGGCGCAGGAUCGGCAGGUGCUGCGGGCCAUUCAGGAUAAACUAAGAGAACAGUUACACAAGAGAGGUGUUCGGAUUUUGACUGGAUUGGGAAAACACUUCCAACACUUGGACAAGGAAGGCAGUGGGCUUUUAGAAAAGGCAAAGUUUCAGCAAGCUCUGAAAACCUUCCACUUAGAAGUGUCUGAACAGGAUUUUGAGUCUUCCUGGCUGAUUCUGCAAGGCAGUGGCCCCAGCAAGAACAAGGUUGAUUAUGGAGAAUUCAAACGUGCCAUUUUUGGUGAAAUGAGCGAAUAUAGGAAAUCGUUUGUUCGCAAGGCCUUCAUGAAACUGGAUUUCAACAAAACUGGUAUUGUGUCUGUGAUAGACAUAAGGAAGUGUUACUGUGCCAGGAAGCAUCCCCAUGUGAUUUCAGGGCAGUCAACGGAGGAGGAAAUCAAAUCAUCUUUUCUAGAGACAUUAAGAGAUGCCUGCAGCAAGUCUGACGAAGUUUCAUAUGGUGAAUUUGAAGAUUACUAUGAAGGCCUAAGUAUAGGAAUAAUAGAUGAUGAAGAUUUUGUUAGCAUCUUACGUACUCCGUGGGGAAUUUAG